UCAUGCCCCUGGUUCUCCUGUAUCUGGGCCUCACCCUGCUGGGAGCCCUGCAGACCCAGGCCCAGGAUUCUGCUCCAAACCUGAUCCCAGCCCCACGUCUCAGCAGGGUCCCCCUGCAGCAGGGCUUUCAGGAUGCCCAGUUCCAGGGGAAAUGGUAUGUGGUAGGCCUGGCGGGAAAUGCAGUUCAGAGAGAAGAACAGGGCCAGUUUAAGAUGUACAGCACCACCUACGACCUGAAGGAGGACCACAGCUACAAUGUCACCUCUACUCUGCUCAGGGACCAGGGCUGUGACCACUGGAUCAGAACUUUUGUCCCAACUUCCUCACCUGGCCGGUUUACCCUGGGAAACAUUAGCAGUUAUCCCAAAAUACAGAGUUACAUUGUGCAGGUGGCAGCCACCAACUACAACCAAUUUGCCAUAGUGUACUUCAAGAAAGUUUCUGAAAACAGGGAAUACUUCAAGAUCACCCUCUACGGGAGAACCAAGGAGCUGACCUCUAAGCCGAAGGAGAGGUUCAUCCGCCUUGCCAAAUCUCUGGGCCUCACUGAUGACCACAUCAUCUUCCCUGUCCGCAUAGAUCAGUGCAUUGACAACUGAACCGGCCGUGAGGAUGUCUGCUCUGGGGGGUCUACAGGAGGCCAGGGUGCAGAGGGCAGGAGGUCUCAGGCCUACCUUUGCUCCUCUCGCUGUUCCUGGAAACACAGCUAUCUUCACUUUGAUGUCCUCUCUCAAGUGCCCCCUGCUUUCCAACCCCUGUCCUUUCUGUAAUCUCUGCUGUGUUACCUGACUGCCCCACCAGCCACAAUGCCAGGUUCAGAGCUGGGAGACCCUUCUCAUGGUACAGUACUGACCUGAAAGCCUCUGAUAAAGCCCUCCUCGUCUGCUAAGUAAACCCAUGCCACCAGUCCCCGAGUCUGUGCUCCCUGAACCCUGGUGGGAGGGAGGGCAAAGUGUGGCCUCACACCAGCAUGAAUCCAGGGAUGGAGUCCCCAGAACCCAACCUGAAGUUAGGGUUACAGAGAGACCACAUAAAGGGAAGACUUUAGGACUCAUGCCUCUCCCUCCCACCAUUAUCAUCCCUGCCAACUGCCCUGAGUCCUCUUCCAUAGAACAAAAUCGGGCUUAGCCAGGCACAGUG